AUGACGAUUUCACGCUCCCCUGAGCACUUCCAAGAACGUCUCGGAGGCCGUCAGUCGCACUCACGCGCUGCUCGUAAGCAACCAAUCGAUGAAACCGAAAUACCCGCUGCUAUGACAGGAAACGCCUGGAGGCGUUUGUUGAAUCCGGUAAAUUGAGCAUGUCGAAGAAAGGGGAAGAUUACUCCGAACGUCGACGACCAGUCACGAGUCAACAAUGGGGAAGGCUGAUAUCAGUUCUCAAGUCGCGACACAUUCGACUGGAACCUGAUGCACCUCCACGUUCAACCAGGCCGGAAUUUCCAUGACAGCUGAAAACCAUGCCCACAGCGGACUGUCCCAUUCAGUGUUCGUCGUCUCGCAGUCUAUAAAUUAUCAAGAUUGUCUACCCCCUUUGUUCUUAUUCCGGGUAAAACUUCGCCUGGGCCGGUUGCUUAUUCGCGCGAGGAGGACGUGGACGAACGCUUCCAGUAUCCCUACUAGUGAACCCAGCAAUCGCAUAACUAUCCCGCCCAACAACAACACCAGCGGUUAACUCACGAAAAUUAACAACUGAAAUAAGGGUCGUCAUGACAUCCUGUACGAAUAUUUACGAUGAGUGUAAUGACUGCAGAUACUAGAACCCCCGCCCCGCUGGCUGCUUCUCAUGUUGGUUUUGAGAGCGGGUUUGGAACGUCAUGCGAAAACUAUUUUUGCUUCGUCGGUCGAGUCUCAUCCUACUUUUCUACCAGUCCACAGCGAUCUGUCACUGCGAUUACAGACUGACGUUUUAACUUUCUGAAGACCUAUCUUGCUUUUAAAAGUUUUACUGCAGUCUCUCCAUCCAGCCUAGCAUUUUUUAAGCACGAGCUUAUUACACUCCUCAGUCGGCGCCGGUCGACGCAUGAUCAUUGCUGCAUAUGCAUUUAACAACAUGGAAAUCCAACCCAUGCUGUCUGAGGAUACGAUAAUUUUGAUAGUCAUUUGUUAAUCGGGUCUGUGUGCGAAGUUGGAAGUCCUUAUUACGGAUCGCCUAUGUUAGAGGUUCUGUAACGUUCCUGGGUAGUUACUUAAAGUAUUGUAUUAACUUGACUCUGACAAGUCUUUUGUGACUUUAAGGCGGAAGCUUCUAAGACCUCUCGAAAGUUCGGUUAUGCCAAAAGUGUGGGAAGUUGACGCGAUCGCCUGACGUUUUUGAUUUCUGCUCGAAUCCAUCAUCAGAGACAAUAGCAGAUGCGGGUGGUUCAAGCAAAAGAGGCUGCAGUAUUUAUAGGAUGCAGUCGCCAUGCUACCGCAUACCUAUGAAUAUACACGGCUCCCACCUCCUCUUCCUCCGGGAUCGUUGCACAUGGUGUGCUGACUGUUUGAUGGCCGGCAUUCGCGUCGUUAAUUGCUGCAAUUUUCAUCACUUACGUUGGAUGUUGGUGUGAUGAUUGCUCGACCAUCUGACGCACCGACCAUGGUGUUGGGAAAAGUGUUCACCUCUGCGCCCCCGGCGCGGCCAAUUACUCCGCCUAGGAGAAAUCUCAGCACUGAAUAUGGAAGAGGAAGGUCAUCGCACUUGCUAAUGGACUGGGAGCCAGUGAACUAUGACUCAAGCAAGUCGCGGCUUACGGGGUUGUCACCUCUAGCGAGAAUUUCAACCUCGUCAAAUUUGAAUGCGUGAUCGGUUCUCUUCGAAUGAACCGCAAUUCAGAAUUCACAUUAUGCCUUUCUUUUGGUCAGUAGAUACUGAGGAGAUGCUGGCUCUCGCAAUGUGACCCCACUGGACAAUGUUUUGUUAGUUUUUGGGAAACCCAGAGAAGUUCCACACGAGCAUCGAUAAUUUCCGGAGUCAAAUUAUCUCAAGUGAUUUGUAAUUGGUGAGGACGGCGCAGGUGGCAUGAAUAUGACCUCUAAGAAACCCAACAUUUUUUUCAGUUUACAAACUGGUUUGCGAUUUUAUCCCCUUCUCAUGCUUCUGCAAUCUCACACAGGUAGUCACGUUAGUUCGAGAGCUUCGGCGCACACUGUAUGCCACUGCCCCACGCACUCAUCGAUAGGCUUACAGGAAUUGCCCACAGACGGAUGCACCCAGUUCAAACUACCUUUGUAAGAUGGCACCUUGAAAAAGUUCUCUCACGCUAUGCGAUGAUGGUAAGAACCAACUUCAAUAAGAUGCCCUACAAGUUGACAUGGGCAGUUAAUAAGUUCCCGUUACUGCCCUUACCACCCACCGUGCGGGUUAAAAAGCCCUACUUUAGUUGUGAUCCAGUCGAUAGGGAUAGCGCGGAGAAGCACGCUCUCACCAGAUGACGUUAACCACUAACAACUCGCAGUCCGGAUUUAACCUCACGUCGUGCCUAGUUUCUUGCGCGCGCGCGCGCGCACGAAGACAAGAACGUGCGAACAAAUUGGGUUUUAGGACAGUUACUCAGUUCCCACACCCAUACUUUUUCCGUAUCCUCUCCCUUAACAUAAAGUGCUUCUUCUGUUAGCGUUGGAGGAGAAAAACCCCCACAAGAGCGUGGGCUUUCCAGCAUACAUGCCCACGCAUUGUCCACAGUCGGUUAACAAUCUUGUUAAGGGAUAAUCUCUGCCCACACUAUCUGAUGCUACCCACAAAUUGACUUUUCUCUCCCAAUUGAAAGUGACAAGUGCGCUUGCGUCGGCUUGGCGAAGCUCAGUUAUUUUCUACGGAUUUUUUCAAUUUUCUAGUGGUGGGCUUCAUGGGGUGAUGAGCCUAACAGCCUUUUCUUUUUAAUUACGCCAAUGGCAGAGGGUAGGACUCCAACUGACUUGGGGUUGCCUGUGGUUAGUGUCAUAUGUUAACUGGUGGUAGACUGGGUUUUUCGGGUGGCGUAACACACAGGACGGAGAGCAAGAAGAUACAGAAAAAAAAUAAGUUACUGCCGUGCUUCUUGUGCUAUGCUGUCAUAUAUCAAAGACAGUGGGCACGACAAUUUAAAAAAUAGACAAAGAGCAAUUUUAAAAAUAACGGAGACAACGGUAUAGAAAAGGGCCCCACUUAGCUAUCAGUAGACUGCUGAUCGUGUCGUAUGCGGUUGUAUCUUGGCAUACAUUUGCAGGCUGUUGCAGAAAUUACACUGCCAACAACACUUACUCCCCACGACCUCACACCUUAACUUGAGAUUAGCGACUUUGUAAAAUUUACUUUUUGGUUGUUGUUUAAUUACUAUUCUCAUUUCCGCUGCCGCACAAUAUCGUAGCACAGGACUUUCGGUAUAAAUCCAUGCAAUUUCUGUGUUUUCUUCCAUUUUUUCAGCUUACUGUCCAGCGUGCUGCCCCACCCACAAAACGCCCUUUACCACGAAUCGCAGUCUACUGACAGUUAUGUGGGGUCCUUCUCUAUACCCUUGGCAUAACGGAUUCUGAAUCAACCGCCGCCUGCAAGUUUACGCUAAGUCAAGAAGCCGGGGAAAUUUUGACUAAUAAGAACGGCGAGUAAUAAGUGAUGUUUGCAUUCACACGGAACUUUAGUUGCUUGCUACGUGGGGUCGUACACCCUCAAUUACGUUUGAAAAAUACGGGUCUGUUGGGGAGGGCAUCACUGUUUUGGAAAGGGUCAGCUGAAGCAUGAAAUACGUGCGCAUUCCAACGCAUGGAUUCUGUGGCACCUGAAACAUUAUUCGUCUGGAUGGAAGAUUCAGCGGCGCUGCGACAGUAACUCCGGAUACUCUACAGUUGGCAAAAAAUGAGCCAAAUAUUUCGUGUUUUUGCACCUAUUCGAAUGUGUUUUAGCACUUGACCUAGCUACUUUUGUGGAAGACUUUGUAGAAUAUUACAGGAAUAACUGCGUACAUUCCACUACUACCUGGGUACGCAUAGACCUUAAGGCUAAAGUACACUGUGAAAAACACCACAUGACCAGUGUAUGAAGGUGCACCCUCUCGUACGUAUGCCAGGUCUUUUUUCUAAGAGUUAGUGCGUCUUCCGGCACAAAAAAAGGUUUUGCUUGUCCUGCUACGCGCACCGAUGACAUUCAAAAUGUGCUGAAAUCAUUAGCAUCAAGUAAAGCCAUAAAGUACUUCCUGAGCAAUAACUACUGCCAAUUCUGUAAAAUCAUGCUAGGCUAGUUAAUAUAUCGCUGAAGGCUGAAUUCCUGUGGAAAUUCGUCCCAGAUACCUAGGACGAUCCUACCUGUAGCAUGGUUUUUUCUAGUGAUAUAAUUUUUUAAAGGAAUUAAUCUCUGUCAUCAUUUCUAAAUUCGUCCAUCAGUGCAGACGAAGUUUUUAUUUGACUACUUUAAUCAAAUGAAUACUGUCUGAAUUGAAUACUUACAUUAGGCUAUUUGGAUUCGCCAUACCCCCAGGCAAGAUGUCAUACCAGAGGCAGUAUCUACCGGCAAAGCACAUCGCGUUCGAAACCAACACAAACAUGUUAAGGCGUUGAAAGUUGUGAAUGUCAACUAAUAAUUGAAACCAAAGUUCUAGGAGCAUAAUCUCAUGCGCCUCGAUAAAAAAUAUUUGAUAAGGACUUCUAUGUUAUCAAAUCUGCUUUAUUGGAAAGAUCUGAUUAGAAAAAGAUCAGCUAAAGCAUAAGACGUUCAUACCGACCGGAGUUUGUGAGGUAGUUUACGGCGGAUCUAGAGAAAAUUGCUUAGAGUUUUGUUACAGUUUGGGACCUAUCACAUGAGAGGCGUCGAAACUUACGAACGAUCGUUGAUCACUUGUAAACCGACGCUAAUGCAUGGGCUUAAAAUCCGAUGUUAGUAAAUGCCAAUUUUAAGGAAAUUAAAACAUAACAGAAAUGUUACGUUGUUUAGCAGUACCAAUUUUUUAGAGAAGCAAAUGGUUGUAAUCAUGUAAACAUCUCUUUUCGAUGUACUGAAUAUCUGUCCACGCAAAAAAUGGGUAAAUAUGACGUCAGAAAUAAAACAACGCUUAAAAAUAGCGCCUUAGUGAAAUCUAAAUCUAAUACCAUUCAAGAAAUAGUGUAAUUUCGGGUACGGCGGUUUUCAAACAGCCCACGUUAUGAGUAUACAGUAGGAGGGCUAACUCGUGAAAUGUUAACGAAACUACGAAAUGCUUUUUUAUUUUGAAAAGAUUAAUUGAAUGGGGUUGUAAAACUAAUAAUUAUGCAGCAUAGUCUAUAAUUAUUCAGUUACGACAGGAUGCCGGCUUUUGAACGAACAUCUUCGCUGCUGCAUGUAAAAACAACACUCUGUAAAACCUGACUACUUAUGUAGCAUGCAUUACCCUCAAUGAUUUUCGAUGCCCUUAAAAAUCCAGUUAUUUUGCAUGGAAAACAUGCGUAAAAAUAUACAUCUUUCUGCUCAUCCGGUAGAAAGUCACGUUUUUUUCCAACAUUAUACUCGAAAGCAGGGUAAAAUGCGGUUUUAAAAAAGUUUCUAACUGUGAGAUUUUUUAAUACCGUGAAAUGGCCGUUCAUAAAACGCCAGGUCUCCGCAUUUACCAAUAUGGCUUGUAAAGCUAACAAUAUGGCUCAAGUCCACUGCCAAAUUUUAUGAACCCCAUAUGAUCUCUUCUUACUACUGUGAGAAAUGUAUGGUUAUCCGUGCGCGCCAAAUAGAGUGCUUGUAGUUUGGAAACCCUGAAUUUAAGUGUGACGGCAAGUCGGAUUCGAAAUUAUUCGGGAAUUGGAAAUGUUUUUGAAAACCGAAUGAAAACGUUUCUUCGAGUAUAAAAUUGAAAGAAGACGUAAUUUUCUAAUGAACGGGCAAAAGAAUGAAUAGCGUAUCAGUUUCUGUCAUCGGGUUUCGUGAGACAGGUCACGCACUGUACUUUGCCCAACUGCCGGCUUUGCAAACGCUGUUCGAAUUAAUUUUUUUCUCAUAUCCUGCAGCCAUAGAAAUUAACUAGGGGCUUUUGGUCUCGUCAGGAUUUUUAAACAUCUACUCACGGCUUAAAUUUUCCUCCUCUCCGACUCUCACUCUCCUUGUAGUCGCACGCUCGAAUCACAAAACAGAUCCUUAACGUCCGUAGUCGUCUCUCCGAAGUUCGACCCAUUGAGCUCAAACUACAGUACAUUUCGCGCUGGCAACAACUCACCGGCAACGGAGUCAUCUACUUUCUGGCUCGUUUCGAGACCACUGUACCGCUGGGGGCGGCUCUUGGUCUACCCCCGCAAACCGACUCUGACGGUGCAGUCCGCUUCUACUCCUACUCUGCCACCACCACCACCUUCGGUCAAAUCCAUCACCAGCAACUGAGCACAGAUCCGGAUUCUCGACAAGUCACCGUCUCAGUGAGCCGACGACCCGAGGUUGUGGGCAUCGGAUGCGGCCGUGUGGCGCGUUACGACCAGACUACUGGCGAAAUCCACGCCGCCUGGCGUCUAGACAGCGUCCAGGGCUGGCACGUCAAUCGUGAACUCAACGAACUCGUCCUGUUGCUGGCACCCAGUCCCGAGGAUGUCGCAGCAGCCGGCUCCACAAGCCCCGCCAGUGAGCCGCGGGGUGGACGUGUCAUAAUUCGGCCGCUUGAGGUGACCGUACAGAAGGUUGCCGAGGCUUUGGGAGCCAAUGUCUUCCUCAGUCUCCGCUCCCCCACAAAGAGUCAGGAAUUGGACGAAGCUCGUUUCUACAAGCUGAUUGGUGCACCCCGCAACAAUGCUCUGGCUUUGCCCGUUGUGUGA